AUUGAAUUGUCAUUCAGUGCUUAUUAAUCUUUUCCUCAUUUCAUAUCUAUUUUCAGAAUGUUGCAGUUAAGGAAUCAGCUAUUAAAAACCUCCAGAGCUCUAUCAAAGCUACAGAAUAGCUCUUCAAGAUGUAUGAGUGACGAUAAAAAGAAAGACUCAAUAUGGCAGAAUGAUUCAGAUCCAAAUUUCGAGAAUCCGUUUAAAAGAUCCGGAAGGAUUUUAAGGAACGACUUGAUUAGAGCUAAAAAUUGGGUAGGUGAUCUUUUUACAGACGAUUCAAAACCAAAGAAAUAUACAAUGCCAUUAGACAAACUUGAUGCAUUUAUUGAGAACCGAGAGGAUAUUCGAUUAUUUCAAACGCAUUGUGAUGUGCUGAUUAUUGGAGGUGGCGGAAUGGGAUCAGCUAUUGCUUAUUAUCUAAAACAAAAGGCUCAACAUGGACUUAAUGUCGUUGUCCUUGAAAAAGAUCCAACAUAUUCACAAGCAUCCACUCCAUUAUCAGUCGGUGGACUUCGUCAGCAAUUUUCACUUCCAGAAAACAUCCAGAUGUCACUUUAUGGUGCUGAUUUUAUCAGAAGAUCAAAAGAAAUCUUAGGUGAGGAUGUUGAUCUUAAUUUCCAACCUAAUGGAUAUUUAAUGCUGGCAACAGAAGAAGGUGCAGAAACACUAAAACAAAAUUCACGUCUUCAAAAUGAACUUGGUGCUAGAAAUGAGAUAUUAACAGCAAAAAGAUUAAAAGAGAAAUUUCCAUGGCUUAGUACAGAAGGAAUAGCUUUAGGAUGUCAUGGACUAGAAAAGGAAGGCUGGUUCGAUCCAUGGGCUCUACUUUGUGGCUUAAAACGAAAAGCAAUCCAGCUUGGUGCACAUUAUGUAAAAGGUGAAGCUGUAGGAUUUGAAUUUAAGCAACAACGUGAAAUGUAUGUUGAAGGUGUUGAAUUUGGAAAGUAUGAAAGUGUUGAUCGAGUUUUAGCAAAGCUUCCAAACGGUGAAAUUCAAGAAAUCAAAUUUGCACUUUGUGUCAUUGCCGGUGGUCAUCAUUCAGGCAAAAUAGCUGAAAUGGCUAGAAUAGGAACAGGUCCAGGAAUGUUGAGUGUUCCACUUCCAAUAGAACCAAGAAAACGCUACGUUUAUGUCUUUGAAUGUGAUGAGAAGAAGCACAUUGGUGCACAGCUGAACACGCCAUUAGUUAUAGAUCCAUCAAAUGUAUAUUUCCGAAGAGAAGGGCUUUCUGGAUGUUAUAUCGGAGGUCGAUCACCUGAAAGUAUAGAUAAGGAACCUCCAAUUGACAAUUUAGACGUAGACUAUAAUUAUUUUGAUACUGAUGUUUGGCCACAUUUAGCAAAUCGAGUUCCCAAAUUUGAAGGAAUCAAAGUAAAGUCAGGCUGGGCUGGAUAUUAUGAGUAUAAUCGAUUUGACGAGAAUGGAAUUAUUGGACUUCAUCCUUAUUAUCAUAAUUUGUAUAUAGCAAGUGGAUUUAGUGGACAUGGCAUUCAACAGUGUCCAGCAGUAGGAAGAGCAAUCGCAGAACUUAUAGUUGAUGGUGGAUAUCUAGAAAUUGACCUGACGCGAUUAGGAUUCGAUAGAUUAAUUGUAGAUCAACCGAUGAGGGAGAACAAUAUUGUGUAAAUAUUCUGUGCAUGUAGGUAGCAUGCAUUAACUAAUAAAAUAAGCUUUUAAUAUAA